GUUGCUGAAAACUCUUCGACAGCCCACGGCCGGCUUUGCCCUUCUUGGGGCUCACAAGGUAGGCGCAGUCCCCGAGGUUCCAUCAAUUUUAUGUUCUACUUGAACCCAAAUUUCACUGUUUUCGAUUUGCAAAUGAGUGUAUUUCUCGAAACUUUCGAUUUAUUCUGCAAGUCUGUUCCAUUAAACACACUUGAGCAGCAAGGAAUGCCCCUUGAGGUUUCUGCGUCUAAUCUACGUAAUGCACUAAUCAUGAGGUUGCUGAAAACACUUCGACAGGGCACAGCCGGUUUUGCCCUACUUGGGGCUCAUCAGAUAGGCGCAGUCCCCAAGUUUCCUUCAACCAUAUGUUCUACUUGA